GAGACCCUAGCGAAUUUGGAGAGGCAGAUCUAUGCUUUUGAGGGCAGCUACUUAGAGGAUACCCAGAUGUACGGCAACAUCAUCCGUGGCUGGGACCGCUACCUGACAAACCAGAAAAACUCGAACAGCAAAAACGACCGAAGGAACCGGAAAUUUAAAGAAGCGGAACGACUUUUCAGCAAAUCUUCGGUCACCUCAGCAGCAGCAGUCAGUGCAUUGGCCGGUGUUCAGGACCAGCUCAUUGAAAAGCGCGAGCCGGGUAGUGGGACAGAGAGUGAUACUUCUCCAGACUUUCACAAUCAGGAGAAUGAGCCCAACCAGGAGGACACUGAAGAGCUGGAUGGGUCUGUGCAGGGAGUGAAACCCCAGAAAGCCGCUUCUUCCACCUCCUCGGGGAGUCACCACAGCAGCCACAAAAAACGGAAGAACAAAAAUCGACACAGCCCGCCUGGCAUGUUUGAUUAUGACUUUGAGAUUGAUCUCAAGUUAAACAAAAAGCCCAGAGCUGACUACUAGACUCAUCGGUGCCGAAGCUUCCCGGAUCUAGGCCCCCACAUUGAGUCCACACUAAGAAAAACAUCGAUCGACUGAAUGAGCACAAUGGGCAGCUCUCCCACCGAGUGUCUGCACACGGGAGUAGUUCUUACUAAAGUGUGUGGGGGGAAAUAGUCUUGUUUGGCUACAUUGGACCAUGUACUCUGUGUCAUUUUAAAAUCACCUGAAAUGCAGGAGGACUAAGCUGUGGUGUCACCAAUCUCUGGUUCCCGAGUGCGACAUUCUUCCCCCACAGCUGGCAACACUCACCCUGCAAUCAACUGGUUUUGCUGCUGCCAUCACCAUUGUCUGUAAUAACCAUUGAGAGAUGUCGUUGUUUCAUUUUAUACUGGAAUGGAGGCGUGGCUCCUUGUGUCCCAUGCAGGUUGUAAAUCUGUUAGGUUAUUUUUUUAAUACUGAUAUUUAGUUUGUUUGUUUUUUUAAACCAAACUGUACAGUUGACAAAUUGGCUUUUGAUUUUCUGUCUUAAAUCUGAUUAGGCUGUUCAUUUUGCAGAACGAUCCACUUGAAUUCUUACCUUAGUAGAGAAGAAAGUGGCUCACCCCUUUCCUUUAUCUUUGAUUUUAACAUUUCCCCUCCGGUUUGUUUGGGGCACUGAGCUACAGGGAGCGGUUGGAACUCAAAGCCGUCUUGCUCUUAAAGGUUGGGUGGAUUCUCUUUUUAAUACAAACGUCUGUCAUUUGUAUAUAAAACAAUAAAAGUCACGUUUGUCUCUC